GCCACCGACUUGCCCCGAGAAACCUGUUCUCAGUGAGAAUCUUUCUAUUCAGCUAUGCUACACGCAAUUUAGCAUGAAAACAAAAACUGUCCAUAAGUGAAGUGUCGUCUUCGACAAAAAUGGCAUCGACGACUGAACUCGUCACCGCUUCCGUCGCGGACCUGCACCCGAAGACCUUUCGGACAAUGACCACCAAAGAACGCCUCCUCUAUAUCAAAAAUGUAAUCACCGUCGAACCCCUAAUCGCUGCCUACCUCCUCGCCUCCAUCAUCUGCGGCCCCGCGUUGUACAACCUCGAGUUCGAAAAGGGCUGUCGGGCCGACCUGCAACUUAACGACUCCAUCUGCGACGCCAUCCUCAGCGGAGAGGCUACAAAUUACUCCGAGGCAAACGAAAAAAUUCAAAUUUUGAUUGGAGACAUGCACUCGUGGCAGAUUCCUCUCCAAAGCGUCAUGCCUCUUAUUUUGGUCCUGUUUUUGGGCUCGUACAGCGACAGACACAACUUGCGCAAACCCUUCCUCUUGAUUCCCGUCUUGGGGGAGUUUUUCGCCGUCGCUGGUUGUAUGCUGUGUGUUGUUUUUAUGAAAGAGUGGCCGCUGGCUUCCCAAGGGAUCGCCCAGACUGUCGUACCGUCUUUUUUCGGGGGACAGACCAUGAUUGUCAUGGCUGUUUUUGCCUACAUUGCUGAUGUUAGUACUGUGGAGAUGCGUACGUUGAGGGUUGGAGUUGUGCAAAUCGUUUUAAAUGUUUGCACUCCUGUGGGGCAGGCUGUGAGUGGGAUUUUGUUUGAAAAAACUGGCUAUUUUGGAGUUUUGUCAAUUGCUGUUGGAUGUUAUUUAUUCGCGAUUUUGUAUGGAAUUUUUUGGAUUAAAGAACCAAAUCAACCCGAUGUUAUUUCGAAAAAAUCGUUUUUUGUUGAUGCUUUUGACCCCAAACACGCUAUUGAAACUUUUAAUAUUCUUUUGAAGAAGAGUAAAGAAAAUAAUCGAGCGUUUGUGGUUGCUGUUUUGUUCAUUUUAUUCAUUUAUAGUAUAGUGGUUACAGGUGAAGGUGGCGUCUUUUAUUUGUACGUCCAAGGAUUUUUUAAUUGGGGUCCUUUGGAAUACAGUUAUUUUAUCACUAUUAAUACCGUUAUUCAUCUAGUAGGUACAUUAAUUGGGGUUCCCCUGUUUACCAAAUUUCUAUCAAUGGGAGAUUUGAUGAUUCUAGCCGUCACAUUUGUCGAUAAAAUUGCGACAAAUAUUAUUUUUGGUUUAGCCAAAACUGAUGUCAUGUUAUAUGUUGGUAACUCUUUCAGAUAUAAAUAUAUUUUAUUUUUGAAUUGUAAUAAUUGUAAAUAUGUUUUAGCCACUGCUGUUAGUAUAAUUACCGGAAUUUCUAACAUUGCUAUUAGAUCACUAGCUACAAAAGUAGUCUCUCAAGACGAUUUAGGAAAAGCUCAGUCUCUAUUUGGAAUUUGUGAAGCUAUAGGUCCUGCAAUCGCCGCUCCACUAUACAACAAAGCAAUUUAUUUAAAGACUUUAGACACUUUGCCUUCUGCUUAUUUCUAUUUUGGAGCAAUUUUGCACGUUCUGUUACUAGUUGUCAUAAUAUGGAUGUAUUAUGCAAGUAAGUCGCAACAAAAAAGUGAAACCAAAAAACAGGAAUCAAACAAUGCGACCGAAAAAGUCUCAGAGGAAUUUCAAAUGACUCAUAUUUAGUCAAAUAUGUAUAUGUAAUUGUAAUUUGUAAAUAAUGUAUCUUUAAAUGUAAUGCAAUACAUAUAGUAUAAUAAUAAAUAAGCGUCAAAUUUUCCAUGA